AUGCAAUACACUUGAUAUUUACAUACACUUUUUAAAACCAUACACACGACACAAUAAAAAAAAAUACAAAGUACGCCUAGGAACACACUAUAGGCAGAAUAUAGGUCACUUGGCAAUAACGGUGUAUUGCAGUCAUCUUCAAUAUCUUUAACGCGGAGCAAAAAUACCUUGAGGCAUUCCAAACGACAACGAUUCAAAUCGAUUUGAUGCAGUGCUAAUUGAAAUAUUAUGCUAUUUUCUUUUAAAACUUAGUUUUAAUUCAAUUUAUUUUAAUUGAGUUUUGUUUAAUUUAUAAGCUGACGUUAGAAGAAACAACUGUGUUCUGUAUGACGACAAUUGUGUUAUUUUUAAACGUUGGUAGUGUUUUGUUUUAUUAACUAUUUAUAGAACGUCAACAGACGAGUGAGUGAGUUGUUGAGGAACACUGACUCAUAAUACUAUAGAAUUCUUUUAGAUAUCGGGAUUAUUAAUAUUCAUGUGAAGAUGGUACAGGUGAAAGUUAGCGAGGGUGUACUUGAAGGAGAAUUGGUGGAAAAUGAAUAUGGAGGCACGUUUUACAGUUUCAAAGGGAUUCCUUUUGCACAACCACCUACUGGAGAUCUAAGGUUUAAGGCUCCGCAGCCACCCAAACCAUGGCAAGGUGUACGGAGUGCCAAAGAAUUUGGUCCUAUAUGCUACCAGUUUAGCUAUACAAACCAUACUUUAGAUAACAUGAGUGAGGAUUGUUUGUAUCUCAACGUUUACUCACCGGACAUCAAACCCACCCCUCCUAUCCCUGUCAUGGUUUGGAUACACGGCGGUGGCUUUAUCUGGGGAAGCGGAAAUGACGAUCUAUACGGUCCUGAAUAUCUAAUUACACAUGACGUUGUUUUGGUAACGCUCAACUACAGACUCGAAGCCCUUGGGUUUCUCUGUCUGGACACCCCUGAUAUACCAGGCAAUGCUGGUGUGAAAGACCAAGUAGCAGCGCUCCGGUGGAUCAAGAAAAAUAUUUCAAAUUUUGGUGGAGAUUCUGAAAAUAUAACUAUAUUUGGUGAGAGUGCUGGAGCUGGAAGCGUAGCCUGUCAUUUAAUAUCGCCGAUGUCUAGAGGUUUAUUUAAACGAGUCAUAUGUCAAAGUGGAGCAGCAACAUGUUUCUGGUCGCGUGCCUUCGAGCCGCGUGAGAGAGCUCUCCUUUUAGCAAGACAGUUGGGAUUUCUUUCAGAGGAUGACCAAGAGCUGUACCAUUUUUUCAAAACACUACCAGUCGAGUCUCUGGUAAACUUAAAAUUGCAAAUAACAAUGUCUCAAAAAUCUCAUGAUAGAAUAUAUUUCACGGUCGUUGAUGAAAAGGACUUUGGAAAUGAAAGAUUCUUCUUCGGCGAUAUCGUAGAUGCAGUAAAAACAGGAACUCAUAAAGGAGUGGAUAUUAUGACCGGGUACACACAACACGAAGGUCUUAUGGCAUUAGCUAUAAGCGAUGCUGAAGAAGAAAUUAUCACUUCAGCAAAGUGUUACCGUGAUUUUUUUACUCCUAAACAUAUUCAAACACAUUGUCCAAUGAUUGACCAUUUUAAAGCGGCCAGGCUAAUACGAAAAUUCUACUUCAAAGGUGAAGAUAUGACAGCGGAUCAUUUAGAUCAAUUAAUAAAAUUCUUAGGUACAGACAUGUUUGCACACGGUGUGAUGCUAACAGCAAAACUAAAUUCGAAGUCGAAUACAGUGUACUUUUACAAAUUUUCUUGUACAUCAGAGAGAAACUGUUUCAGCAGCUUUUUCGGCGUCGGUCAUCUGAAUAAGGAAAAAUCAAUGGUAUGUCAUGCCGAUGACUUGGCUUAUCUCUUCCCGAUAAAAGUUUUGUCAGAAAAAGUACAUAAAAACUCGAAAACUUUCAAAUUGAUAAAUAGGGUGACCACGCUUUGGACGAACUUUGCAAAAUAUGGAAACCCUACCCCUGAUAAUAGUCUUGAAGUCAAAUGGAAUCCAUUCACCGCUGAGGAACAGGAUUAUUUAGAGAUCGGCAAUGAACUGAAACCAGGAAAAUCCCCAGACAAGGAAGAAAUGGAAUGUUGGAAUGAUGUCUUCAGAGAGAUUUUACCAAAAUUUUGUGCUUAGCAACCAAAGCUAGAUUGUAUUGUGGGAUAAGAUUAUUAUUACAAAUUCGUCCCGUUUUCAAAGCAUUGCGUGUAUUUCUAGUUUGUUUUACUUCUCGUUAAAUUACUUUUUCUGUACAUGGUAACAAUAAUAAUAUGCCUAUUACUGAUUAA